UGGACAGCAGCUCAUGCAGCACCUUGGCUUUUUGAAGCCUGUGGAAAGAGAAUUUCUUCUAAAGGAGGGCGUCUCAGAGCUGUCUUCAGCUCAGACAUCCCAUGAACAUAGUGGUCAACCAUCUGCUGCUGAUUGAUUUACAGUUCAAAUAGGGUCUGGAGGUGCAGAGGGUCAGAAAGCCACUUCAAGCGAGUUCUUUCCUUCGCUAGAGCUCAGGCAGAAGCAGGGUACAAGCAUGUCGUUCCGGGAGCUCCGAAACUUCUCAGAGAUCAUGGAGUCCCUCGGGUACCCCCGUCAAAUCUCCAUUGAAAGCUUCCGUGCCCCAAACUUCAAGCUGGUGGCGGAUUGCUUGCAUUGGUUGAUAAGCAGAUACGACCCAUCAGCGGACUUGCUCUAUGACGUCACCUCGGAGGCUGACCGCGUCUUCUUCCUCAAGUCUGCCACGCAAACGAUGUUGACCAAAGGCCGCAUCAAGUUGAACCUGAAGAAGCUGUACGCUGCAGAUGGCUAUGCCGUGCGGGAGCUUCUGAAGAUUGCGAGUGUCCUGUACAAGGCACUCAACAUGCCAGAGGAGGAGGAGAACGAAGCGGAGAACGAGCUCACUUUUUCCACGAGCAAGUCGCUGGACGUCAAGCAGACACGGCAGCUGGUGACGGAAAUCACACAACGAGGGGCCGCCCUUUAUGAUGCGCUAGAUAAAGAGCCCCAGUUGCGGGACGCCCGGCAAGCCGCCAUUGCGCGCAACAUGGACAUGGACGCGAUUGAGCGCGCGGUGCGGCAGGCCGUGCAAGCCGUCCAGGAAAACAUCCUGGGUGCGGACCGCAUGCUGGAAGGGCUGCGGACGGACGAGGACCACCUGCGGACCAAGAUCGACAAGCGGCGCGCGGAGCUCGAGCGCAGCGAGAAGCGCCUCAGCACGCUGCAGAGCGUCCGGCCGGCGUACAUGGACGAGUACGAGAAGCUGCAGGGCGACUUACAGGGCCUCUUCACGACGUACAUGGAGAAGUUCCGCAACCUGGAGUGGCUGGAGGGGCAGCUCGAGGCGCACAACCGCAAGGAGCAGGAGCGCAUGGACGAGAGCGAGCGCGCGCUCAAACGGAUGCAGCGGCGGAUCAAGGACGAGGAGCAGCGCAUCCUGCGCGGCGAGCAGUCCGUGGACGAGUCCAAGGCGGACGCGGACGACUCGGACGAGGAGGCGGACAGCUCGCGCGCGGCGAGCUCGCAGAGGAGCCGCUCCGCCGCGCGCACGCCCGCGAGCAGGCAGUCCGCGGGCGGCUCGGGCCGGCGGGCGGAAAUGCAAAGCAAGGGCGCUUUCGUAGGUCAGCGCCCGGGUCUUUCUUCCGGGGCGAGCUCGCGGGGCGGAACCGCUGUGGGCCGAGACCCCGAGGACGACGAGUCGGACCUGAGCGACGAAGACGUCCGAGAUGUGGACGGGGGCGAAGACUCGGAAUCGACGCACCUCACUCUGAAUGGAGACGAGUCGUCUGGGGAUGACCUGAUAGCGGACGACGACGAAGACUUUAGUGAAGACGAGGGUGGGUCAGAAGAAGAGGACGAAGAAGAGAAUCCUAGCGACAACGAUUUCUAGUAUCUAUGACUCCGUAGAGUCCAAGCUAGAAGUUCAGUCCUGUAAUGCUACAUGUAUCGUAUCCUGCAGCCAAACUUGGGGUGCAUUCAAGUGUGCACAUCUCCAUCUUGUGAAACCUCUUCGAUUCCUUGGGCCGCG